AUGUGGGGCCUUUCCAUACUAUUCCAUUCUUUGACUUUAACCGCUCUGGGAGCGAGUUUAUAUAUUUAUUAUUAUACUGCUUUUUGUGGAUGGAAAUGGAAGGACUCCGAAACUCGGAUUCUUUUCUUGGCAGACCCGCAGAUUGAAGGUGAUGCGAAAAUAAAACGAGAAGGAAUAAGAGGCGAAAUCGAUCUUUUAGGCAAUGAUAUUUAUAUUCGACAUGUCUACACUUCAUUCGUGUCUCCGUAUUCCCUAUUUAUGCAUAAACCUACUCACACUAUCAUACUUGGUGAUUUGUUCUCAAGUCAAUGGACUGAUGAUCAAGAAUUUAAGAAAAGGGUGGAUAGAUAUAAGUGGAUAUUUGGUGAUCCCAGAGGUGAAUAUACUCAUGAAUUAAUAAAUUUAACUGGGAAUCAUGAUAUAGGAUAUGGUUCGGAUAUGUCGCGCCAUAAGGUGGAUAGAUGGGAACGUGAGUUUGGUGAAACAAAUUUUGAUGGCUGGAUACCAUCAAGUUCCUCUUCAAUUCCAGAAGACCCAAUAAAAGCAAUGAGGCAUAGAAUAGCGGUCAUAAAUUCUAUGAAUAUAGACGGUCCAGCUUCAGAUGAGGAUUUGCGAUCAGAAACAUGGUCUUUUCUCAACUCAUUGGCUGAAGAACGCGAACAAAAUGGAUAUGAGAUACCUUUAAUUUUAUUAUCACAUAUACCAAUAUACAAAAGGGAGGGAUUAUGUAUCGAUGAUCCAAUGACUAUUUUGGAUAA